AUGUCCACAGAUGAGAGAUCACGUCACAGUAUACUGACCGUAUUUUUAGAAGAUUUCGAUUCCAUAAGAGGAGAUAUGCAAAAUUUCAGAGAAAUGUCGACGGAAUGUUCUAAUCGCCAACAAAUUCAUGUGCGUGUGCAGGGAAGUGUGGUACGUCUGUUGGAAAAUCUCCGCCAUGAAAGAAGUGUAUUAGAGAUCAGACUCCGUGGAUUGCAAGAUGGGCUCAGGAGUCUUUUACGCUGGGGAGAUCGAAUGCGAGUCAUAAGAGACAACAUGUUGCAAAAUAGACAGGAGGAAAUCAGUGUUUUGCGUUAUCAGCUGGCAACUUUAGCUUCACAUCUACAUUUUGUAGAAAGUUGGCGUCAAGAACUUGAAUGGAUAAGAUUUGCAUAG